CCAAAGUUACAUUUUAUUUUUAAGAGAGUUUCGAACAAGUGAUUGGAGUUCGUUGUGAGAAUAAAAGAGAGACGAAGAAGAUGGCUGUUGAGGUUGUUGUUUCCUUGGUUUUAGGGAAACUCAGCGAUCUCCUGAUUCAAGAGGCAGUUUUACUCUUCGAAGUGCGUGAUCAGGUCGAAUGGGUCGAGAGAGAAUUGAAGCGGAUGCGGUGUUUCUUGAAAGACGCGGACGCAAAACAAAGCAGUGAUGAGAGAGUGAAGAAUUGGGUGGCGGAAGUCAGAGAUGUUGCUUAUGAUGCGGAAGACGUCAUCGACACCUUCAACCUCAAAAUACAACAAAAUAGGAAAAGGAGGAUCGUUGGAUGCUUCAAGAGACGCACAUCCAUCCAUUUAUUGGCUCGACAUGAAAUCGCCGAUGAAAUCAAACGGAUAAAGAAUAAAAUCCAGGAGAUUUCUUCGAGUACGCAGACAUAUGGAAUUGAAAAUGUUGGAGGAGGAAGCAGUUUCAGAGGCGAAAGUUUACAAAGGCAAAGGCAAACUUCUCCUUUAUUUGGAGAAACAGAAGUUGUUGGUUUUGAAGAAGAUAUAAAGACAUUGGUGUCACAGCUGAUCGACGGCGAUUCACGUCGUUGUGUGGUUUCUGUAGUCGGAAUGGGCGGUCUCGGUAAGACUACUCUUGCAAUUAAAGUGUAUAACAAUAAGGCUGUUAAGAAACAUUUUGAUUGCUGUGCUUGGGUUUUUGUAUCUCAACAAUAUGUUGAGAGAGAUCUUUUGCUAAGCAUUAUAAAAUGUUUUAUGACUCUUACUAAAGAAGAACUUAAGACGGCAGACGUCCUUCAAUUGAAGGAGAAGCUGUUCAAUUAUUUGAAGCAUAGGAGAUAUCUUGUGGUCUUGGACGAUAUAUGGAAGAUUGAAGCAUGGGUUUCUUUAGUGGUGGCCUUUCCAGAUAUGAAUAACGGAAGUCGAGUCUUACUCACGACUCGCAACAGAGACGUAGCUUCAUAUGCAGAUGCACGGAGCUCUCCCCAUAUGCUGCAGCUUUUAGGAGAUGAAGAGGGAUGGAAGUUGUUUUGCAAGAAAGCGUUCUUAGAACAGGGUCUCCAUUACCAGCAAAAUUUAGAGAAGCUGGGAAAAGAGAUUUUGGCAAGAUGUUGUGGUCUGCCUCUUGCUAUUGUUGUUAUAGGUGGGCUACUAUCAAGAAGAGCAAAAGAUUCAAAUGAGUGGGAGAAAGUGCUCAGGAGAAUCAGCUCGCAAUUCUUCAACGAUGAAUCUCAAAUCACAAGAAUAUUAGCUUUAAGCUACGAAGAUCUACCCUUCCGUCUGAAACCAUACUUUCUCUACUUCGGUGUUUUUCCAGAAGACCAUGAGAUCCCUGCUAAGAAAUUGAUUCAGCUGUGGGUCGCAGAAGGAUUUACAGAGCCAACAGGGGACAUAACGGCAGAAGAAACUGCAGAAGAUUGCCUCGAAGAGCUGAUUCAUAGAAGUCUGAUUCAAGUAGCGAAAAGAUAUUCCAGUGGCAGAGUUAGAAGCUGCCACAUCCAUGAUAUCCUACGACAACUCUCGAUUUCAAAAGCGAAGGAAGAUAAAUUCCUCGACGUUCAUCAUGGAGAUACCAAUCCUCUCUCUCCAUCGAAAGCACGCCGGCUUGCUAUUUAUCAUGCCACCAGCAAGUACAUUUCUUUAAAUCAUGCCAACCCAAACCUUCGUUCUGUGUUGUGCAUUCGCAGUGCACAGCUUGGAAAGAAGCAAGAAGAGCGUAUUUACAGAGGAUUCAAUUUACUUACGGUGCUACAUUUAGAUUUAUCUAAUACAUCAAUGCAAAAGCUUCCAAAUAAAAUAGGUACACUAUUCCACUUGAGAUAUCUUGGCUUCAAGGUGCCUGAAUUCAAAACAACAAGCCUCCCAUCAUCCAUAAGCAAUCUUUGCAAUUUAGAAACACUGCAUGUAGAAAAAGAUCUUUGCAUAAUCAAAAUACCCAGUUCUAUUUGGAAGAUGAAACAAUUAAGGCAUGUGGAUGUGCCGAAUGGAAUCAUGAUAAGCAAAGGUGUAAGGUCUAAAAUAGUAAGGCGUCCAUCGCAUGAUUGUUUACUUAAUCUCCAGACUCUAAAAGAUGUUGAGGCUGGCGAUUGGAUAGAAGAUUGCUUGGGGAAGCUAACAAAUCUCAAGGAACUAGCAAUAUGUGAGAUCCUUUGGAGUAAGCAUGGAAAGGGAUUGUCCAAUGCUAUUCCCAAAUUGAACAGCCUUCAGUCUUUGAGUUUGGAAUGGGAGGAUACUAUUCCAGUGUUUAUGCCUUUUUCAGAUCACCUGCAUAUGAAGAAGAUGUGUUUGAGGGGAACGUUAGAGAAGCUACUAGAGUCGUAUGAAUUCUCUCCUAACCUCACUAAGCUUGCCUUGGAAUGGUCUCACUUAAUCGAAGAUCCGAUGGCGACAUUGGAGAAACUACCCAACCUUCGGAUACUCAGAUUGGAUAAUCAUUCAUAUGUGGGAAAGGAAAUGGUCUGCUCUGCACAAGGGUUUCCUCUACUUGAAUCCUUACAUGUUGUAGGGUUACCUGAAUUAGAAGAGUGGAGAGUGGAGGAAGGAGCGAUGCCGAGGCUUUUACAUUUACUGAUUCUUGGAUGCUCUAAUUUAAAGAUGCUUCCAGAAGGAUUGCAAUACAUGACUGCUCUCGAGAAAUUGGAGGUGUGGGACAUGCCCAAUGAAUUCAAAGACAGAAUGUGGGAAACCGGUGGAGAGGAUUGGCACAAGAUUCGACAUCUACCCUUCAUCGAAAUAAAAGACGGGGAAAUGCUUGGAAAGACAAAUUCAGCAUCUUUACAAAGGCAGGAGAGUUUUGCGGAGCUUGCAUGCGAGGCGAGGCGACCAGACAACAUGUUGAUGUAG